AUGUCUGCUGAAACUGCCACUACUCCAUCAAAUAACAAAUUAUAUGUUGGUAACAUUGAAUAUAGUACCACUAAAGAAGAAUUAAAAGAAUUGUUCAAAGAUUAUUUAAUUGAAUCAAUUCAAAUUCCAACCAGAUCACCAAGAACUAAGAAUGGUAAAAGAGGUACACCAAAGAGUAAAGGUUAUGUUUUCAUUACUUUUGCCCCAGAAGUUAAAGAUUUAGAUUCAAUUAUCAAAAAAUUCACUGAUUAUGAAUUUAAAGAUCGUAAGAUUUAUUUAAGUCAUCCAGCUCCAAAGGAAGAAUCAUCAAAUGAUGAUGAUGAAACUAAAAAAGCUGAUGAAACUAAAAAAACUGAU